CGUCCUUAGCCCUACACCCAUCACACAAGUUCAGGGAUCUGCUCGAGUUUUUCUCUCUGCCACACGGUGUGAUGCACCCGCACGGUGGAUCCAUGGAAUGCUAAGAUGUUUCGUAUCUAGCAUUUUCAUUCUAUAAAAUCCAAUGACAAAUUAGUUGGUACCAAGUUACCUAUUCGUAAGUGCAAGAAAUAAUUCUGGCAAACCUAGCUAAAGUCAACGAUUGAAUAGUUCAUUUAAAUUUCAUAUUAACUCGUAUAUAUUAAAAGUACCUACUGUACCUACACGUGACUUUGUUGCAUUAUUAAUGUUUGUUAUGUGAGUGAAUGUCGAUUAUUAGUACAGUAGAUUAUUUAAAAAUAAAAGGCCCAUCAUCAGAAAAUGGUUUAUUUGUGGUUUCCAGAACUAGUUAUAUUUUUAUGUAUUAUUCAUAUUAUCUGUGACGUGAAUUACUUACUUCGUACAUGUUUUACUGUGAUCAGUGGUCGUAUAUAUCAAGAAAGAUGUUCUUUGUGUGACAUUACUACUAUUUAUGGUGUAUGUACGUUUCAAGACUGCGACAUUGGUUUCAAAUGUAUUCGCAUGGCGAGGCUUCUCCGUGAAAUCGACUUUGCCAGAUAUCAUUUCUACGAUCGUACUGGAAUAUACCAUCGCAGCAAGCAGUUAGGAAUCAGGUCUUUGCAGGGCUCCACAUUGACAAUAUCAGCAGAACCUGUGUCUUUGUUUGUACCAUAUAAAAUAAAAACGAAGUUGGUGUACUGGGACGAGAGGAGUUUAUUCUUUGAGCAUGAAGUGGUGACAUUGCAUGAUAACAGAUUGCGAUGUUUGCUGGUAUCUCGACAAUACGGCAUUGGUACUUGCAAAAGUACCAUAUCUAACCUGCUAAAAGAUUUACCUGGAUCGGAAUCAAGUUUAACAUGUCCGGAUUAUAUUCAAAGUUGGUUGAACACUAUGCAAAUAUCGAGCUUAAAGUUGAGGAAUAAAACUGAAAAAUAAUGUUUUCUAACUAAUAACAGACUAAACUUAUUUAUACGGAAGUUACGCCCUAUAAUUAUCUAAAACUAAUUUGAUUAGUUUAAUGAAAACUAAAACACACAUUUAAAUGUGCAUAUUAUUGGGUUUUGAUAUAUACGAGUAUACGUACCUAACUAUUAAAUCCUAAAUAAUUAUAUUUUAUACUAGCGGACGCCCGUGACUUCGUUCGCCCUCAGACCUCCUCAAUCCGACCCUAUCGCAAAAUCCGUUCUUAGUGGACGUCUACUAUCUAUAAACUUCCUCCCUGCCGAAUUUCAACUUUGUACGUCAUGUGGUUAUCGAGAUUUCGCGAUAAAUGACCUUUCACAUUUAUAUAAUAAGAUUUAUGUUUGUAGUCCGUAAAUUUUAGCACGUUUUACCUUUUAUGUAAAACAAUUAUAUCAAUCAAUGUUCUGUCUGAUAUUAUUACCUAAUACCUAUCUUUCCUAACGAUUAAUUAUUAUCUUUAUAAUUUUUGUCAUAAUAGAUAAGUACGUCUAUAACAAUUUUGUUCCUUUUUUUUGAAUGUUUAAAAAUAGUAGAUAUAAUAUGAGCGAUCGUCGCGACAUCAUUAGCUUUACCUCCUGCAUUAGGCAACGAAAAUGUGGCAAAAACGAUGAAAAUAUUCCUUUGAAAGCUUUCAGCUUUCGUUGCGUGCGCCGAGUCUUUACAAGUUAAAAAAACGAUAGCACAGAACUUAUAGAUGAGAUUAACGACAUUGAUGAGUUUCUUAAUGAUAAAGAUGCUUGGAGCCCGUUGGAUCAGCUUCCACCUUCACACAGGAAGUAAAAUUAUAAGAAAUAUAAACAGUAAUUGUUAUCAAUUGUAAAUUAUAAUACUGUAUGACUUUUUCAAAAGAGCAACUGUUGAGUUUCUUGCCGGUAUCUUCUCAGCAGAACCUGCCUUCCGAACCGGUGGUAGAAUCUUUACAAAUAGUCAACUGACGUGUCAAAAGUGCUUGUAAACUGAGCCUACUUGAAAUAAAUGAUUUUUGAUUUUUUU